AUGUCUUCAAAUCUCGACACUGAGAUAGAGCAGUGCCAAAGCCCUCUUGCUCAUUGCGGCAGCGCGACCUCGACAGUUACGUCCCCAAGUCUUACUAGCUCGUCGAUCUCAUCGAUGAUGCUUUCAUACGAUUGCGAUGCCGACAAGGAGCAGAAAAGUGAGAGCCAACCAAUUGAGAAACAACGGAUCCUCCAAACAAGCACGCUUGUGAACGAACUCCCGCUUGUCAUUCAUUAUGAGAUCUUCAAGUACCUGGGCACUGCAACUCGCCGUCUUUUGGGAGAUACAUGCAUUUCCUUCUACGAAACCUACAAGGAGCAUUUCAACAACGAGGCAAUCAUCAUCCGACACAGCGAGCUUCUCAAUCUCAUGCCAGGCGGAGGUAUGCUGUUGGGCACGACUGAAUAUCAAACAAUUGUAGCCAAUUGGCUCAGCCGACCAGAGUCCCAAGCAGAUCAUCGCCGUACAUGGCUUGCUCAAAUAGUUAGGCGGACUGACGAUGCUGAUGAGAGGAGAAACAUGGCAAAUAAUGGAAAAGAGUACAAGCUGGUUGCAGGACCCGGAAAGAAGCUCGGACGAAAGACCAUCAAUUACGGCGGGAAAGCUAAUCUCGAGGUAGAGCAAGCCUGGGAUCGGAGAGAGCUUCGCUGCGGCUGGGCUGGUAUGACUCAAGGUGAAGCACUCCGCGGUCACAGUGCGGUCGCGCAAUCUUCGAGUGGCCGAGCAGCAGUGGCACAGGCUUCUACUGAAGAAUCUUCAUCUGCUGAGGAACCUUAA